AGGUUCAACUCCGAAAACGACGACGUCCACUUAAAUUUAUAUGGGGUUUGAUAUAUACCUGAAUCAGGCCCCAAAUUAUGGUACCCCCGUCGCCUUCGCCUUCGCCAACGAAGAAAAAGAGAUCCUCUAGGGUUUACCACGCAAGUCUCCACCAAGAUUAGCUCCAUAGAGAUUAGGUUGUCACCUGUUAAAGAAACCAGGAAGAGAUGGAAGUUAUUCCAGCAUGGGGUGAGAAUGCUUUGUCUACGGCUGGCCCAAGACCAAUGGAAUGGUCUACUGUCCCGUAUAGUGGUCCGCAAGCACCUGGGCCAAACGGGAAACAGCGGACUUCAAGUUUGGAAUCGCCAAUCAUGUUGCUGAUGGGUCACCAGAGCACCAUCUACACUAUGAAGUUCAAUCCAGCGGGAACAGUGGUUGCAUCUGGAUCUCAUGACAGAGAAAUCUUUUUGUGGAACGUUCAUGGGGAUUGCAAGAACUUCAUGGUUUUAAAAGGACACAAGAAUGCAGUUUUGGAUCUUCACUGGACUGGUGAUGGAUCCCAGAUAAUAUCUGCCAGUCCUGACAAAACCCUGAGGGCAUGGGAUGUUGAAACAGGGAAACAGAUAAAGAAAAUGGCAGAGCACUCAUCAUUUGUGAAUUCAUGUUGCCCUUCUCGAAGGGGACCGCCACUCAUUGUUAGUGGAUCCGAUGAUGGAACUGCCAAACUGUGGGACAUGCGGCAGAGGGGUGCAAUCCAAACAUUUCCAGAUAAAUAUCAAAUCACAGCUGUCAGUUUCUCAGAUGCAUCUGACAAGAUCUUCACAGGUGGUAUUGACAAUGACAUAAAGGUAUGGGACUUGCGCAAGGGUGAAGUGACAAUGACUCUUCAAGGGCAUCAAGAUAUGAUAACAGGUAUGCAGCUGAGUCCCGAUGGCUCCUAUCUUCUUACAAAUGGUAUGGACUGCAAGCUCUGCAUAUGGGAUAUGCGUCCAUACGCACCACAAAAUCGAUGUGUGAAGGUAUUGGAAGGGCACCAACACAACUUCGAAAAGAACUUGUUGAAAUGUAGUUGGUCGCCUGAUGGAAGCAAAGUCACGGCAGGGAGUUCAGAUCGGAUGGUUUACAUAUGGGAUACAACUUCUCGACGCAUCUUGUAUAAGCUCCCCGGCCAUACUGGAUCGGUUAAUGAGUGCGUCUUCCAUCCCAGUGAACCUAUUGUUGGAUCUUGCAGUAGCGAUAAACAGAUUUAUCUGGGGGAGGUUUAGGAAUUAUAUAAAGAACCUGCAACGUACCUGACUGUUUUUCAACCUAUUAUAUGGUUAUCUCUUUAAGAGCCCAUACAAAGACUUUCGAAGAGGUUGUAUCUCUGCUAUAGUUCCUGAGUUUUGAUGUUGGUAUCUUAAUUGGCAAUGUAAAAGAUUAUGUUUUUCCA